AUGGGAUCACGCCAGCACCUUCGGGAUAUUGAAACCGGACCCCCGCUUCCAUAUCAGGAUGAUAUCAGAGCUUACACAAGAGAGUAUGCUGAGGCUCUCGACGCCCAAGAUCCGCUGCGUCAAUUUCGAGAUGAAUUCAUACUUCCUUCAAAGAAGGACCUGAAGAGAAAGGUGCUUACGGAAGACAAUGAUCACGACGAAGGGUCCGAUGCGAGAUGUAUCUAUCUUUGUGGUAACUCGCUGGGUGUCCAGCCAAAGAGUACGCGCCGUUACAUUGAACAUUACCUCCGAACGUGGGCCACAAAAGGCGUCACCGGGCAUUUUGUCCCGCAUGACGACCAGUUGUUGCCUCCUUUUGUCGAUGUCGAUACCGCUGGCUCCAAGCUGAUGGCGCCUAUUGUGGGUGCGCUUGAGAGCGAAGUGGCCGUUAUGGGGACUUUGACUGCGAACUUGCAUUUCCUGAUGGCAAGUUUCUACCGUCCCACGAAGGAGAAGUACAAGAUCAUCCUUGAGGGCAAGGCCUUCCCCAGCGACCAUUACGCAAUCGAGUCUCAAAUCCGGCACCACAACUUGGAUCCCAAAGAUGGCAUGGUCUUGAUCGAGCCCGAGAACCUGGAUCACCCAGUCCUCAGCACAGAACAGAUCAUCAAAACAAUCGAUGAUAACGCCUCCAAUACUGCACUGAUUCUGCUCUCUGGAAUUCAAUUCUACACGGGACAGUACUUCGACAUCGAACGCAUCACAGCACAUGCGCACUCAAAAGGUAUCCUAGUCGGAUGGGACUGUGCUCAUGCUGCCGGAAAUGUGGACCUGCGCCUACAUGACUGGAACGUCGAUUUUGCAGCAUGGUGCAGCUAUAAGUAUCUGAACAGUGGUCCUGGAGGUAUAGCAGCACUGUUUGUCCACGAACGACAUGGCCGUGUAGAUGAGAAGCAGCCUGACAGCGACGAGACGUUUCGUCCACGCCUCUCGGGCUGGUGGGGUGGUGAGAUCAAGACUCGUUUCAACAUGGUAAACAAAUUCACACCUCAACCGGGUGCUGCUGGGUUUCAGCUUUCUAACCCUUCCGUCCUUGAUAUGAACGCCGUUGUCGCCUCGCUGGAGAUAUUCAACCGUGCUACCAUGCAAGAAAUUCGCAAGAAGUCACUCAAUAUCACGGGUUAUCUUGAGCAUUUGUUGCUCAAGUAUCCUCUUGAUGCCUCCCGAGAGGACAAGCCCUUCACCCUGAUUACGCCUUCUCUACCAGCCGAGCGUGGUGCCCAGCUUAGUCUGCGGCUUCAACCGGGGCUUCUCGACCACGUUUUGCAUCACUUGGAGGAGCAUGCGGUGGUCAUUGAUGAGAGGAAGCCAGACGUUAUUCGUGUGGCUCCUGCCCCACUUUACAACACCUAUACAGAGGUAUGGGAAUUCUGUCAAGUAUUCUUGGAGGCUUGCCGUAAAGCAGUCAAGGCACGUGGAUGA